GUUACGACACUUGCCGACACGGUGUAUAGCUUUACGGCCGUUUUUUGGGUCACACGUGUUGUCAUCGCAUGGAAGUGCCUCAGGAGUGAAGAGCUGCUGUUAUCCGACUGACUUUAGAAACAUGUCAUUCAGAGGAGGUGGCGGGCGUGGUGGUGGUGGACGUGGUGGAGGAUUCAACCGAGGUGGAGGAUUCAACCGAGGUGGAGGAUUUAACCGAGGUGGAGGUGGCAGAGGAGGAUUCGGGGGAGGCAGAGGAGGAGGCAGAGGUGGUUUUAACAGGCAACAAGACUACGGUCCUCCAGAGUAUGUUGUUGCACUGGGAGAGUUUGUGCAUCCAUGUGAAGAUGACAUCGUGUGCAAGUGUACGACAGAGGAAAACAAAGUUCCCUACUUCAAUGCUCCGGUGUACUUGGAGAACAAGGAGCAGAUCGGGAAGGUGGAUGAGAUAUUCGGCCAGCUCCGGGACUUUUAUUUUUCAGUCAAGUUAUCUGAAAAUAUGAAGGCGUCAUCAUUUAAGAAAAUGCAGAAGUUUUAUAUAGAUCCAAUGAAGCUCCUACCACUGCAGAGAUUCCUCCCCAGGCCGCCAGGAGAGAAGGGUCCGCCAAGAGGAGGCAGAGGUGGAGGAAGAGGCGGUGGUCGUGGAGGUGGAUUUAGAGGCGGCAGGGGUGGAGGAUUCGGUGGCGGCCGCGGAGGAGGGUUUGGAGGCGGCCGUGGAGGAGGAGGAUUUGGCGGUGGACGCGGAGGACGUGGUGGAGGUUUCCGGGGAAGAGGAGGUGGUGGCGGACGUGGAUUCAGAGGUGGGAACUGAUCUGAAAGUGAUGGUCUGGUGUGACGCUCCCAUUCCAGUCUUCUGCUACGCAAGCGAUAAAGGCUGCGUUCUAUACUGGUGGCUGACGUGUUGGACCCGGAAAAUGGACAUUGCCUCUCUCUGUAGAACUUGAAUGGAUUGUUUUUUGUUUUCCUUAUUUUUGUACCAGUUUGGAAUGCUUGAUGAAUCUUUAUGAUUUUUUAUUUUUAUUUUAAAGGUUCAUGUGUGCGCUUGUCUGUAACAUAGUGAGGACCUUAUCUGCCAGUUAGGGAGGAUUAUAGGGUCCCUCUCUGAACAGGCACGUCAUCAUGUGCUGAUUGUGUGAAAAUGUUGGGCCAUAACAGAUGUUUGUACUUUAAAUAAGAUUUCAGAAGAUACAGUCACUGAGCCCCUUAUGGAUAUAUGUGAACAUGUGGGAAAUCUGACUUUAUAUGCUGUUUGUUAAACAUUUUAAUACCCAUCAUUUGUAAUAUCUUAAGCAGAAUAUUGUCACAUUUGUGUUAAAGGCCUUGAUUUAAAAGGUGCUUUGUAAGAGGUGUCUUUAUUUGAAGUUCUCCGCUCUCAGUGGUAGAAUGCCAGACUUUUAUGCUUAACGUGGCAUAAAAAAUGUAGAGCACGGUUUUGAGAUGUCACAAAGGAAUUUAGUCACGCUUCAACAUGCAAAGGUGUGAUACACAAAACAACACUGACAAAUGUAUGCUGUCUGGCUUUUCUGUGCAGUAUGUGAUGCGUCAAGUAGAGAUAUUUCUGAUAAAACAUUCUUGUGACAUCUGCACUGGGAAAAAAAGCUACUUUAAGACAAAUCAAUAACCUCAUCCCUCAAGCAGGAUGUUUAGUAAUAAAGAGUAAAUAGUG